CAGGCUACAACAAGGAAAUACACUAGAGCCAGUUGUCUAUAAAAAGCGCACAGGCGGCGGGAAUAAUCAGAUAUUCAUCCAGCCUUGUAACAAGAAGUUAUAGGACAUUAACUCCUCGCUCUGAGCACCCAGAUCAAGGUGCACAAUGUCUGUCUCAACUGAGGUGUGGCACACUGAAGGCUCUUCUGCUGUGGAAAGCCCCGAUGGGAACUCUGAGGGAGAUCUGGAAUGUACCAUCUGCUUCAGCUCCUAUGACAACAUCUUCAAGACUCCCAAAUUGCUUGAAUGCCAGCAUGCCUUCUGCUUGGAAUGUCUGGCCAGACUCGCAGCCACCAUACCUACAAACCAAACCCCUGAGAUCAUCUGCCCACUUUGCAGGAGCCAGACAGCAUUGCCUGACGAAGGGACCCCUGCUUUAAAAACGAGCCAGGAACUGCUCUCCAAACUCCCUCCUCAGCUGCAACUAGAAGAGCCAGUGUGGGUGGAGGGCAAGAAACUCUGCUGCAAGAACUCCAAGGAGCCUGGUAAUUCUGACUUUUGUAUCUGUAUUGACAUUGGUGAAACUAAACCAGAAAAUUCAUCUCCACCUCCGGCAGCAACAGACAAUAGGCAACAAAAUUUUUUUGGCCUGCUUGGUGACUGGAAGAGGCUGGUCCUGUUUAUACUGGUACUGAUCAUUUUCCUUGGUGUUGUGUUAUGGCCACUCCGGUGUGCGAUUGCCACACAGAAUCUCAGCUGCACUGUACGUCCUUCCCCAACAUUCGCCCCAGUCACCAUUGCUACACCAUCACCACUACUACAAGAUAGUCUGGGCAAGUAGGUUGGAAGGAAGAGCUGGCACAUAGGAUGCCAUUUGGACAUUCUGUUAUCCUUCUUUGAACUUGGAAGAUGCAUCAAUAGAGAACCAAAUGGUUCUAAUAUAACUUUCAAAGCUACCUUCUAAAUAUAUUCCACACAUGAUGCACAAUCAUGAUGCACCAAUCACAGCAAGAACAAAUAUGAUUACUUGAUGUGAGCUGAGGGUUGUUCUUGAUUUCCUGUACUGGUACAAGCAAUGAUAUUGCUGAAUCUUGACUAUCUCACAGACAGAAAUGCAACUACCAAAAUGAACAGUGUAUUGAAUGGCAGUCAAUCCAAAUGAGUACUGAGGGUUAAAUGGAAACAUCAGCUGGAUUGAUGUUCUGUUGCUGCAAGUUGAUUGGAUUCAAGUCACUUGUGUCUGCAGUAACUUUAAAAAAUAUAUUCUGCACAGUCCAGGAACCUUGCUGGGAAAAGUGUAACGCUUGAUAUUCUUGGGGCCAAGGUGUAUGUAAACACUUUUUUAAAUAGUGGUUACGUGACAUGCUCCCUUUAUCACUCUUGAUCACAAAGUGAUAAAUUAUGUCAUCUUUAUUCACCAGCACAAUCUCAUUUUAAUAUUGAGAACCAUGCAGCUGGUAAGAGGCUUCAGAAAUGCCUGGAAUUCCCUGCUGCCUAACAAGCAGAGUCGAUGAUUGAUUUGUGGCACUUUUGAUCAACUGGUCAGUUCUUUUGGAGUGGGGUGGGGGAAGGGGGGUGAAACCAAAAUUCAUUGUUCCUGUCACAGUUCACCCUAAUCUCUCUUGUAAUGAGGAAAUUAAUUCUUUGGGUUGUCACACAAGUCUCCAGCAAUAUGCAUAUUUCAGAAUCUUUCAGGUCACAGGGGGUGAGGUGGUCUUAUUUCUGUUCUUCACUCACUUUUCUUGCUCUUUGGUUAUAUUUUGGGAAAGACUGGCAGAAAUCUCUGCAUUCUGCAAUACUCACCUGAUGCUUGAAAUUAAAAUUGCCUCUUCCAUAUUUGUUCUAGUUCUUAAUUUACAGGUGUAUCAUACUGGAAAUGAAAAUAUCCACUGUUUUUAAACCCUUUGUUUUUGAAAGCUACUGCUUCAGCUGUGGACUGGUUUUUCUUCAACUAAAAUCUGGUCACCUAUUUGGGACAGCAACUGUUAGCUUCUAUCCCAGUUGCAGUAAUAGCUCUACAAUGCCUAUUCUGCUUGGUGAAAUCUUAAGGUCUAUAUGGGAUUCCUCUUUACCAAGUUAGUGGUAUUCAGCUUGUGUAAAUAAAGCAGCUCCUGGCACUGGAAAUAAGCCACAUAUGUUGUGGCUGUUGAAGCUUGCAAUUCACUUUAACCAUUUUCCCUUGGAACACUGGCUAAUUGUAUCAAGCAAGUUGCCAAAAAUGAUUGAUGUAUUGACGGGUCUUUGAGACAAACCUUGACUAUCUUGGGCAUGAGCGAUGUGAUCCUUCUCAUUAGUGCAAGAAACAUCUUAACACGUAUUUUACUAUUACUGGUGGAAUACUGACAUAGCUUUCAAAAUGUGAUUAUUGACUUUUUAACACUAUACAGCUUCACAUAGUGAAGCCUAGAAUCUAAUGACUUUGUGUAUAGCCUAAAGUGGGACACUUUUUUUACACUGAAUUUUAUUUUGACUUAAGGACAUUGGGAUGGUGAGUUUCAGUGUCUACAUAAUGAGCCUUGAUGGAGGAAUUUACCAGGUUUGGGAUCAGUUUGAGCUGUCUGUCUGGCUUGAUUUCAGCUGGACUCUGUUACCUGCAAGAUUCUCAAGUUUAAUGAACUAAAGGAUCUCCUAUCUGUCCUUUAUUGGAUUGCAGCUAAUUGGAGGCUACUUGGAUUCUGUUUUUUAAAUUAUUUUAAGUAUUCUAUUGUGUACAGAUUAUUUCAAUAAAGUUUUUUAAAUAGUU